GAGAGAGAGAGAGAGAGAGAUGUAUAUAUACACUUGGAUUUGGGGAACCCAAUUUGGUGAAGGGAAAAGAGGAGGAAAAGGAGAUUUAGAGAGAGAGAGAGAGAGAGAGAGAGAGAGAGAGAGAGAGAUAGAUAGUAAAAAUAGAAUCUUUUUCUCUUUUUCAUUUUUAUUGUAAUUAACGAAAAGCAUUGGAAUUUGGAAAUAGCAGUAAUUGGGAUUGUCCGAUCGACUCCUUCUUAGGAUUUGCACUGCUCAGAGUCAAAAAAUGAUGAAUUGGCUAUUCUUCUUUGAUUGCUUUGGUGGUGUGAGAAGCUCUUCUCCUGUAAUUUUGGUGAUUUAAAUUUCCAUAUUAUUGAAAAUAGUUCAAUGGGCUUGCCUCAAAUGUUGCCGAAUAUAGUUGACGAAGUGCCUACAGCAAUAGGCAAUUUUUCACCGAGUCCUCGAUUUAGUGAUGUUAGCAGCUGUGAUUUGGAUCAGCUUCGUGGCAAAAGCUCUUCGAUUAGUGGUUGCGAGAGAAGCGCUUUAAUACAAGUACCAAAUGGCACAGAUGGGCCAUUUCACAAUAGAGGUUUUAGUUGUGGAGAUACAAGUUUCCAAGAGCUCGAGAUAGAUUCUAACGAUAACGGGUGUUUUGGGUUCUUUCUGAAAAUUGGAAAGAAUUCUGAGAGCGCUCAACUGCAGGUUAUGGGUUCUGAAUCAGCUAAUCCAAGUUUGGUUAUUAGUACUUCUCGUACAUCGUCUGAUCCAAGUAGCCCGCAAGCGAGGAAACGGUUACUGUCUCCGUUGAGUAGGUUGAUCAAUAAGCAGUUUCAUAGUGAUUUCUUAGGCCUCUCUUCUGGCGAUGCACAAAUUGGUUCGUAUGAUUUGAAAGAGAGUAUGUUGGGAUCAAAAGGUUACAAGAGACCUAAUAUUGGUUCUUUUGAUUCUCGAGAUCGGUUUCUCUCUACAUGUUCAAGUUGGAUUGAUCAGAGAGUGGAUAACAAUGAUCCUUUGCUUGAGAAAAAGGAGCCAUUUUUGUACAAUUAUCGGUCGCCUUCACCAGUCUCCUUAUCUCCCCUUGGUCCUAAAUGCGCUCGAAGAAUGAAGAUUACAGGAACUUGUAGGGCCAUUGCCAGAGGGAUCAAAAGUGAUUUUUCAGUUUUAAAUGAUGAUAAAGGAUCAAAUGCUCGGAGUCGAAAUGAAAUAAUAUUUCCUCUUGAUCAAGAAGAUGACUUUAGGACGAGUGAUGUGGUGGAGGAUAAUAGCAUGUUAGAUGACGAGCUCUUUCCAUAUACACCCCAAAGUUCUUCGAAUUGGAAAAAGCAUGUGAAGAGUUCAAAGCUGCUUCAUGUCAGGAGGUCACUUGUCGGUUCCUUUGAAGAGUCGCUCCUGUCCGGUCGGUUUUCAUGUGGGAAAGUCAAUCAGAAGAUUGAUGGCUUUCUAGCUGUGCUGAAUGUCAAUGGCGGCGACUUUUCACCACCAUCGAAGAAAAUCCCUUUUACGGUGGCUAGUAUUGAUGGUGAUAGCUCUUUGCUGUACUAUGCGUCAAUUGAUCUCGGUAGAAGCUGGCCUCUGAAUAAGAGCAAACGCCCGAAGCUGCGAAGAAGCCUAAGUAGCAAUGAUUCUCACGAAGCCAAAAGCCGCUUGCGAAUUCCUGUUAAAGGACGCAUACAACUGGUUCUUAGCAACCCAGAAAUGACUCCCUUGCACACAUUCUUUUGCAGAUACGAUUUGAGUGACAUGCCCGUCGGAACAAAGACCUUCAUGCGGCAAAAGAUCACUCUAUCAUCUUCAGGGCCAAUAUCCAACCAUGGGAGAGUAAGGAGCAAUUCGCCUAAUCGAAGCGUACAUGGAGAUCGUCACACCAAACCUGCUGAAUGUUGUGUUCACAGUGAUCUAGGAUGUAAAUCGCAUAGUGGACUCAUAAUAAACUCAACAUGUUCCUCGAAAAUUGAUACUUGCCGAUCUAGUCAGAUGGAUUCUUGUAGAUCCACACACAACUUUUUAGAAGUUGACAGUAGUGAUUCAUCUUCUAGCGGUGUUCUUCGGUACGCUCUACAUCUACGGUUUCUAAGCCCCUCUUCAAGAAAAACAUCGAAGUCGAUACAAAGAUGCCGAUCUGAUCCCUUUUCGGUACCACAUAGCGAGAAUACGGAGGCCAAGGGGGAGCGGCGAUACUAUCUCUAUAAUGAUCUGAGAGUUGUAUUUCCUCAACGACAUGCGGAUGCGGAUGAGGGCAAGUUAUGUGUCGAGCACCAUUACCCUGCAGAUCCAAAGUACUUCGACAUAGCCGACUGAUAGCAUUUCUUCGCCGCUGCUCGGCGGCUUCGUUGCUUCUCUGCGUCACAAAUCGCACAAAUAUGUUUCUUUUUUCUCUCUCUCUCUAGUUUUGUCAUUGUAUAUAUUCUCCAUACAUGUGAAAAGAAGUUUCUUCGGCAAUCUAUUCUGCUUGAAAAA